CUGCGCCUGGAGGGCGUCAGGAUUGGCCCCGACGCGGACCCGGCGCCCCCGCUAAGCGGCCGCCUGCUGCUGAUGGACAUGGUGGAUGCAGAGCAGGAGGUGCCGGUGGAAGGCUGGAUUGCAGUGGCCUACGUGGGCAAGGAGCAGGAGGCCCAGUUCCACCAGGAGAAUCAAGGCAGCGGCCCCCAGGCCUAUCCCAAGGCCCUGGUCCAGCAGAUGCGCCGAGCCCUCUUCCUGGGAGCCUCUGCCCUGCUCCUCCUCAUCCUGAACCACAACGUGGUCCGAGAGCUGGACAUAUCCCAGCUUCUGCUCAGGCCAGUGAUUGUCCUUCAUUAUUCUUCCAACGUCACGAAGCUGUUGGAGGCACUGCUGCAGAGGACCCAGGCCACUGCUGAGAUCACCAGUGGAGAGUCCCUGUCAGCCAACAUCGAGUGGAAACUGACCCUGUGGACUACUUGUGGCCUCUCUAAGGAUGGCUAUGGCGGCUGGCAAGACUUGGUGUGCCUGGGAGGCAGCCGUGCCCAGGAGCAGAAGCCCCUGCAGCAGCUGUGGAACGCCAUCCUGCUGGUGGCCAUGCUUCUGUGCACCGGCCUCGUGGUCCAGGCCCAGCGGCAGGCGUCGCGGCAGAGCCAGCGGGAGCCUGGAGGCCAGGUGGACCUUUUCAAGCGCCGCAUGGUACAGAGACUGGCAUCGCUCAAGACCCGUCGCUGCCGUCUGGGCAGGGCGGCACAGGGCCCCCUGGAGCCGGGCGCUGAGACCUGCGCUGUGUGUUUGGACCACUUCUGCCACAAGCAGUGGCUUCGAGUACUGCCCUGUAAGCACGAGUUCCACCGAGACUGCGUGGACCCCUGGCUGCUGCUCCAGCAGACCUGCCCGCUGUGCAAAUUCAACGUACUGGGGAACCGCUACUCAGAUGAUUAGCUGCCCACCUGUACCGACCCUCGGCCUGGGCUCCUGGAACAGUACCGCAGAGUGGAUGGGACAGAGGCCUCUGUGGGUUGGACAAAGGGCCCCUCCCCUGAUGGGGGGCAGGGUACUCUGCUGUGUCCACACUGGGAAGGUGGGGCCAACAUCCCCAAGCAGGAUGCAGGGCUGGGACCAGCCAGUCCAGGAACAGAGGCUGCUUGGGGCCCUUCUCUGCAGUUCGGGGGCUUCUUGCCUGCCCUCCUCACAGGCAGCUCCUCAGCACCCGGGCAGAGGCCUGGGUGAGAGGGUGAGGGAUGGCACAGCUGCUCCCAGGGACUGGGGGCUCUCUCUGGCCUGCCUGUUAGGGUGCUCCUGGAGGCUGAGGCUAGUGUUUUGUGUUUAUUUAUUGGGGGGUGGGUUGGGGGAAGAACUUUCUGGCCUUGGGGACACCCUGGCCUGACCAUCUUUCAGGACACACCUCAGUCAAGGCUGUGAUGUUUGACCCAGAGACCCCACCCUGCCUGCUGCCCCCAGCCGCGGACAUCGCUGCGUGCCCGGCUGGGGUCCCUCCCUGGGCCUGGCUGUGACCAGAGGCCUUAGAGACCAUCCAAUCCUGAGCUUCUCGGUCAGGGCUACGUGUGCCAACUGGGAUCCCUGAAGCCGCAGGGUGGUGCAUCUCCCAGGGGCACUGGUUUUUUUUUAGGGAAGAUUUGGGGUGGGAAAGGUUUAAUAUUAAAAUAAACGUGAAUAUAUUUUAACAGAAGAUAUAAAACCUGUUUGGAUUUUUUAAGGUAAGUUACCUUGGCCUCUACUGCCUGUGGCAGGCAGAAUUCUAUGAUGGUCCCCAAGACUUCCCACCCCUCUUUGUGCAAAUGCUCUGUGUAAUUGCUAGAACUGGGAAUAUAAUGGAUUUUCCUUCUGUAGUUCAGUUACGUCAUGUGGCAUUGAACCAUAAGGAAAGUAUGCAAGUGGGCCUGAUCUAAUCACAAGAGCCCUUUAAAAGCAGACAGUUUUCUCUAGCUGAUGGAAGAAGAGGAAGUCAGAUUUGAAGCAUGAAGGGGAUUCAACAUGUGAGAAACUUGUUGACUUGAAGAUGGAGGGGGGCCACAUGGCAAGGAACAUGGGUGGCCUCUAGGUACCAAGAGCAGCCCCCAGCUGACAACCAGCCAACAAGGACACAGGGCCCUCAGUUCUACAGCCGCAAGGAUCUGUAUUCUGCCUACAACUGGAAUGAGCUUAGAAGUGGAUUUGUCCCCAGGGCCUUCAGAUAGGAAUGCAACCUGGCAGAUACCUUGAUUUCAUUCUUCUAAGACUCUGAGCAGAGAACCCAGCCACACAGGGCUGGACUUCUGACCUGUAGAACUCUGAGCUAGUUAAUGGACACCAAGUA